AUGGCCGAUCUGAUCAAGGGUGGUGGCGGAGAUGUCGUGGGCCAGCUCGAUGACACCAAGACGGACGGGAGCGAGAGCCCGAUCGAUUUUUGUGAGGCUUUGGCGCUUUCCCACCUGAAGCGUCACCUGCGCAAGACCUACGGCCGCCGCCCAAUGGAGCUCGUGAGCUGCUACUUCCAAGCCAUUUUCGACUACUCGACUUACACCACGAAGUUGGCGUUCCUGAGGCGCUGCCGCUCCAUGAGGGUCGUACCGGAAGAGUACCGCGUUGUAUGUCACGAGAUCAAGAACACCCGCCGUAUCAUUCAAAUCCUGGAGAAGUGCAGCUACAAGCUCAUGCUGGCAGACCUGGACUACAACCAGAUGCGGAAGACGCAGGUGUCGCGCCUUUUGGAGCUCCUGCAUAAGAAGAUCGAGAAGGCCCUCAGUCACGACGAUCUCCAGAGCGUGCUGAAUCUUUCCAAGAUCGAGUACGUGCAGGCCUUCGAAUCGGCCCGGGCGAAGCAACGAGCCAAGUUCGAUGAACUGCUCAAGGAGUACAAGCUCGACGGGAAGGAAGAAGAAGAAGCCGAGAGCGAGGCCUGA